AUGUUGCCUCUACCCACCAUACUGGACUUGGACAUACUCAACGCGUCUUCCACUCUUGUUAAAAAGGUGGACCCUCAUCAGACCAAUCAAUUACGCGAACAGUGUACCGCCUUCGGCAUCGUUACCGGAAGAUGCGACAGGAAGGCUCUCAUCGACAUGCUAAAGAAGCUCCCCAGCCAGCCUAUCAUCUACGAAGGCUUUACUCGCCAGGACUUGGUCGACUUCACCACUUCCAGACACUUGAAGCUCAGCAAAACUGCUCAGAAACAUCUGGACAAAUGUACAUCCAAGAGCGCCGCGACUGUACAGGGUCCCAACAUGACCGGAGCUGCAUCUCAAGAUCGUCAAGUAAAUCCCAGCAGUGGCGCGCCUGUGACUAAACCCGGUGUCUUCAAAGGCCUGCCUUCUAAGAUACCCAGAACGAUCGCCAUGCCUGUCCGAGGACCUGCGGCCAGAAGAGUCGUCUACAAGUCUCAACGCGUUACUCAGAGGAUACUACAAAGGUCGCUCAAGGCUGCUCAAAGGCUCUCAAGGACAUCCCUAAUUCAAGAGCUGGAGCGUGCAGAUCACGACUUCCAGUUCGACUUCCUCUGUCUACCUGCAGAAGUACGCGAGAUGGUGCUUCGUCUUGUGUGCAUCAACUCUACUACCAUUGUUCACCCCCUACAGCAGCCUGUCAUCGCCAGGACCUGUCGGCUCUUGAGAAACGAAGCAUUAGCUUUGUACUAUGGCAGCAACAGAUUCACCGUGUUUGUCACUCAACCAAAGCCUGGAGUACAGGCGCUAUCUGACAUGAACAGUUGGCUUCAUGACCUUGAGUCAUGUUAUGUUGCUUCCGUGCGCUCUCUCUCCUUUGUAAACUUCAAUGCGUGCAUUAUCCUCGACGUUGACUUUGACAUUCGUGGUCAGAGGUUUGGUAUUGUCCGUCGAACCGCUUACUCGCAUCCAAAUCACCAUCGUGCCUACACACCAAUCGACUUCGAACGGCAGUUACAAGACCUCAUGAAUCACGUGCGUUGGGGCGAGAAGUUGCACAAGUUCUUUCCACGCACGGUCAGCUCGUCCUCGAUGCUCACGGCAUUCAAAACCCUCAUCUUGGAAAGAAUCGAACAAGCUGCUCGAUGGACGACAGUCAAUGGCCGCUCCAUGCUCUGGCACCGUCGUUGGAAGCUCCUUAGUGAGCAGUGGAUUGCUCGCAAAGGCUUCUCAUUGUCUAGCAUCAUAGGAAUUGCAGAGAUCUUGCUCGAACUAGAUUCGGAUGUGAAUAGCCUCUGGUUCGCCAACUUCGAGAAGUGA